AAACUCAUAACUACUAAAUUAAAUAAUAAGUCAAAAAUGAUAAAUAGCUUCAAAAUAUUUUAUUCUUGCAAAAUAAAGGCGGUAGUUCAACGCUGUUUAUUCACCUAACGUAACAUUUAAAGAUCCAAUUAAAAAAAGCAAAGCUUGAUUGUUUUCAUUAAUAUAUGUCUUAAAAUGUACAAAAGUAUUUUAAUCCAUACAUAUUAAUAUAUUGCUGUGUGCAUUUCUCCGUUCAAAUUGUGAUUUAUCUGCUUUAACCUACAUGAAAAAAAAUCGAUCUCGUGCGAUGCAGAAAGAGGACAAUUUAAAUGAAACUGAAAACUGAGCCGUUUAUUAGACGAAUACAUGAAUACCAAACAAUUCUAAACCCACCUACUGUUUCAAAUAUGAUUCUACAAAGUGCACUAAAAAAAUAGAAGAUAGCGUCCAACGGAAAAUAAGACACGUUGAGCUGUGGAAAUUCUGCUUUCUUCUUCUCUCCAAAUGCGUAGGUGUACUUCCGCUCCUCGAUAUACUACUAGUACCUGUACUUUUUACUUGUAUAUAACACCCGGGGAUGAAUUUGUUUUCGAUAAACUGCGGUGACGCAUCGGACAGCGAUUGGACAUCUUGGUUUCAACUCCUCCCUUAUAAUAAAGUGUGUGUGUGUGUGUGUGUGUGUGUUCCCGUUGUAAAACACAGCAAUACCGGGCGUCUGCGUCAAGAGGACACACUCCACUCUGCGCAAUUACGCGGACUCUUAACUGGCACAGUGAUCAGACAAAAACGAAAAAGGCAUUUCUACUGAACAAGACUGAAAUGGACUUUUAAUCACAACACCCUUCUAAUUUCGAGGACUUGCUUUGAACACUUCAAUGCAGUUUACGGCACACCAGCUGUGAAUGUUGUGAUAUGAUUUUUACGCGUGUGCUCUGAGCACAGCUUGUUUGUUUUAUAAAUAUACUUUUUUCUUUUUAGAUAGCUUUCUUUCUUCUCUAAAAUUGGCUCCCGUACAAACAGCCGCGUUGGAUCCCUCGGCUUACUGCGAGACUCCGGUGUAUAACCCGGAUCUCUGCCCUAAUAUGAUAGCCGCCCAGGCAAAGUUGGUGUAUCACCUCAACAAAUACUACAACGAGAAAUGUCAGUCUCGGAAAGCAGCCAUCGCCAAAACCAUCCGAGAGGUGUGCAAGGUGGUUUCGGAUGUCCUGAAGGAGGUGGAGGUGCAGGAGCCCCGCUUCAUCAGCUCUCUCAGCGAGAUGGAUAAUCGUUUCGAGGGACUGGAGGUCAUUUCGCCCACUGAAUUCGAGGUUGUGCUCUAUCUGAAUCAGAUGGGAGUAUUCAACUUUGUGGACGACGGGUCCAUUCCCGGCUGCGCCGUCCUCAAACUCAGCGAUGGCCGCAAGAGAAGCAUGUCUCUGUGGGUCGAAUUCAUCACAGCCUCCGGUUACCUCUCUGCGCGCAAGAUCCGGUCGAGAUUUCAGACACUGGUGGCGCAGGCAGUAGACAAAUGCAGCUACAGAGAUGUUGUCAAAAUGGUCGCUGACACAAGUGAAGUGAAGCUGCGCAUUAGAGACAGAUAUGUGGUACAAAUCACGCCAGCUUUCAAGUGCACUGGCAUCUGGCCACGGAGCGCUGCGCACUGGCCCCUGCCUCACAUUCCCUGGCCGGGACCUAACAGGGUGGCAGAAGUCAAAGCGGAAGGUUUCAAUCUUUUAUCCAAAGAGUGCUACUCCCUGAACGGCAAGCAGAGCUCAGCAGAGAGCGACGCCUGGGUCCUGCAGUUCGCCGAGGCCGAGAACCGACUCCUUCUGGGUGGAUGCAGGAAGAAGUGCUUGUCUGUCCUCAAAGCGUUGCGAGACCGUCACCUCGAACUGCCCGGGCAACCUCUGAACAACUACCACAUGAAAACCUUGGUUUCCUACGAGUGUGAGAAGCAUCCCAGGGAGUCGGACUGGGAUGAGAACUGCCUCGGCGAUCGCCUGAACGGGAUACUAUUGCAACUUAUUUCGUGUUUGCAGUGCAGAAGGUGCCCUCAUUAUUUCCUGCCCAAUUUAGACCUGUUUCAAGGAAAACCUCACUCUGCUCUAGAGAAUGCAGCCAAACAGACUUGGCGACUGGCGAGAGAAAUACUGACCAACCCCAAAAGCUUGGAGAAACUCUGAGGUAAAAAUAAAAUAUAUUAGUUCACCUCGUCUUAAAAAUGUUUUGAAGAGGCCUAAUGAGCUCCUAAACGGACACAAAAUAUUGCCAACUGAUUUGCAAGUCUUGUGAAAUGUGACUGUCCUCUGUUGUUAUGUUUUGGCCUAGCCUGUUUCAAGAUGAUUUUCUUUUUUAAAUAACAGCCUAGCUUGUCACUCUCCCCGUGCACCUUUUGGAGGUGUCAAUACUUAAAUUUAAAUUAUUGGCUAAUCCAGGAGGCCACCUCAGAAGUGGUUUCUUCCCUCUCCGUGUCACACGGCUGCCUAAAUCCUGCAUUUCCUUAAACGCUUUAGAAUAAAGCCCGAGACAACCUUUGGAAAAACAAAAAAACACAUCUGUACAUUUUAUACUGUAAAUACAUUCAUAGAUUGUGAUUCGAGUGGUCUGAAAUUGUGAAUGUUGUUCUGUGACACGUAAAUAGGAUCCACCUGUUUAAAUCUACUUCUGAACUUUUUUUUUCUUUAUCUGGUAGAAACGUUUUUAAUUUAUACUUGCAUCAGUGGUAGUCUGAUUCACCUGUUUCAAUGGACUUUUUCUAAUUUUUAAAAGUUUACAUUUUGAUGGUAGGCGUACGGCAUUUUGUUACAUUGAAAACAUUCCAUCGAUUUACUUGAAUUAUUAUUUAAAGUACAAACAUUUGAAUUGUUUUUCUCUACCGUGCUUAGGCCUACAUGAUUUAAAAAAAAAAAGAAAGAAAAGAAAAUGAUAACAUAUAUAUAUAUAGUAUAAAUAUAUAUUACAGUUUAAUUGGAAAAAAAUGCACUUGAAAUACACUGGAUUAUAACAUCUGUGAUCUGUUUUUUUUAUUUCUGUCUUUGAUCUAAUUUAAAGAGCUAAUAAAACGAGCUGUUUUAUA